UUUCACUUUUGGGGGUUCGAGUAAAUAACAAAAGACGUUGCUAGAACCCUCCUUAUUUCUCCGGCACCGGAAACUUUGCUCAUUACCGACGGCCACUUCUCCGAUAACACUCAUGGAAGGUCCCUCAAUUGAAGACUGCUUAAAGCUCUUAAAAGGCGAACGAGACGAACAACGUCUCGCCGGUCUCCUUCUCGCCACUAAAUUCUGCAAAAACGAUGAUUUUGACUCCAUUCUUAGGGUUUACAGUGCCCUCGGUAACACUUUCUUGGACCGCCUUCUCCGAACCGGAAUGGGUAAAGGAAGCUCAACCGAGAAGCGUCAAGAUAACCAGGAUGCUUACUUACAGUUAUCAGUUACUAUUUUGGCUGCAUUCUGUCGGGUUUCUAGUAUUGCUUCUUCAGAUGAUAUGGUCAACAAGAUUCCACUCAUACUGGAGAUUCUUUCUAAAGAAUUAGGACCACCACUUGUCGAAGAAUGUUUUGAGUUUUUAUACUUGGUGUCAACGGCCCACAGUAAUGGGGUUGAAAUCUUUUACAAGUCUGGUGGCAUGACUGUUUUAGCCUCUCACAUGCCAAAUUUACCAGAUGGUUCUCAUACACUGGAGCUAGCGAUUAAACUCCUUCAGUUGAUCAUGAGUCAACUUUCCCUAGACACGAUUAUAAAAGAGUACUGUUCAGAAUUAUCAUCAGUGGUUACAGUACUAGCAAAACAGUUUGCUUUGUCCCACAAUGCUCUUAAAUUUGAGGCACUUCAUCUUCUAUCGAUGAUCCUACACUCGAUAUAUGCUGCACCCGUGCAUGAGACUCUUCGUGCAAUGAGCAACAAAAGUUGGGCAGCCUAUGUACGUGUAGGUGUUGUUGCCGUUUUGCAAAACCGUGUUGCACCAAAUCAAAGGCUGGAAGCUCUGAUUUUAGCCGAGUCUCUCAUGUGUAUUGCUGGUGAAGGGUGGCUUAUUGAGCAAACAAACUUACCCGGCACACCAGAAUCUAUUCCAGCCGACAGGUGUACAUUGCUUGUUCUAGAAACUUCUCGUGUGGAAAUUGCAGUUCUUCUUAACGAUUUGGCGUAUUUGAAAUACGAGAAGUCUAAAGAAGCGAUAGAUGCCGAAAAUGUUACUUUAAAGCAAAGAAAUCUUGGCAUUGCAUUUUCUUUGGUGGAAAAGAUAAUUAAAUUGAUUUCAAGUGUUGCCGAAGAUGAAGGUAACAUCAUUAGUGAGAAAAUGUUCACAAAGAUCAUCAAUGGGCUUAACGAAACAAUUGGUGUGAUCUUAGAGUAUCUUCGAGAUGCCAAGGAUCAUGGACAACAUAAAGGGAAUGAUUUGCUGGCUUCAGUAAGGAUUGUUGGAAGUUACCUUGCUGAGACUCCAACUGCAUGCAAUGACAAAGUUAUGGAGCUUUUGGGGUACAUGGUUUCGGUUCAAGGUGAAGAUGAACAGAGCCCGUUCUCGUCAGUUUGCUUCUUGCUUCCAAUGCUGUGCCAAAUAACAAUGGAGGUUAACGGAUGUCAGCUUAUCGUCUCUUCUGGAGCAUAUAAAGCAGUUGUGGAGUGCUUAAUUAAGUUGCUUUCAGAAGAUACCGGUACAAUGGAGGAUAAUGGUCCCAUCUUCUUGGCAUGUGAUACGAUCUUGAAUCUUCUUUUGAAGAGAGAUCAGAUCCGGGUGCACUUGGAUGAUUCUUACCUUAUCAGGCUACUGGGCGUGAUGUCAUCAUGGGCAGAGGAUGCGGUUGACUGGUCUUGUACCAUGAUGGCUUCAAGCAUAUGCGCGUUGAUAUUGGAUUCUACGUCUGAAACAAUUCUUCAAAGCAAUCCACACUUCAAUGGUGAUAAUUUAAUCAGUUUAUGUCAGCUCAUAAGGCGAAGUUUGACUACGUUUGGUAAAUAUACAGAGUCUGAGGCAGAUCUUCAUCAAAUAGUCGUCUCAGGGUACUCGAGAUGGGCUGAUCGGUAUCCUCAUAUUAAAGCAGCUGUCGAAGGGAAGUAGUCGAAAAGAAUAUGUUGGGAUAAGUUAUAUAGAUCUCACACAGUUGGUGUUACUUUAUAACUUUGAGGAUCUCACAGAUCGGUAUCCUUGUAUUAGAGAACUUUAUUACAAAUUUUGAUGCAAAAUGGAUUUGUGUUUAGAUUAGGUUCA